GAUCUGACGUCAUUCAGAAGCUUCCCCGGCUGCUUUCUGUCAUGCGCGUGAAAGGAAAGGAAGGACAUGACAUGGGGUUAUAUUUUCCACUGACCACAUAAACGAGCUCCUGAUACUGUUUUAGUUCAAUUACUUUGGGUUUCUAUGUUUCGCUUUAGUAGGACGUUUAAUUAACCUCUAGUAUAAGCUGAGGCUAGCUAGUCGAGCAGCUAGCUUUUUAACUCGCUGUUUAAAAGGAGCAACUUUAGCCCACAAAGCAUGGCGUUAAUCCUGUUUACGAGGUCUCGGACACCUUUAAUGAAAACGUCCCGGUCGUUAAAGAACGAAUUCCGGAAAGGUAAAGGUAAACUACAGAAUGGUUCCUGUUUCAACUGCACAACUCUCAGACUCACCAGUCAAAAGCUUGACGUUCUCCAGCUCGGCAGCUUGACCCGUGUCUUCUCCGUCAGCCCAUCCUGCCCCCUGUCCGAUGAAUACAUGGCACCCUGUCAGAAUCUGGACCCACAGCGACCGUACUGUGCAUUUGCCGCGGCUUCCUCCAAUCCGGCCUGGCGUACGACAGGCUCACCUCAGUACUUCCCAGGCGUCAGGUGGAUACACACCUCAAGGAGACGAUGGGAUGACUCAAAAUUGGAGAAAUCCCUAAAAUCCUUAAAAGACAAAAAAAUGAAGCUGGAGGAAGGCGGGCCCGUGUACAGCCCCACACUGGACGUUGAGCCCGUCAGACGGACGAUCCGGCAGCGGGUCAUCGACGAAAUCAAGCACUACUACCAUGGCUUCAGGCUGCUGUGGAUUGACACCACCAUCGCGGGGCGCAUGUUGUGGAAGAUCCUGAAUGGGAAUCCUCUGUCUCGUCGUGAAAGGAGACAGUUCCUCAGAACGUGUGCAGACGUUUUCAGGCUGCUGCCUUUCCUGGUGUUCAUCAUCGUCCCGUUCAUGGAGUUCCUCCUUCCUGUGGCGUUGAAGCUGUUCCCCAACAUGCUGCCUUCCACCUUUGAAACCCAGUCAAAGAAGGAGGAGAGGUUGAAGAAGGAGCUCAGAGUCAAACUGGAGAUGGCCAAGUUCUUACAGGACACCAUCGAGGAAAUUGCACUGAGGAACAAGGCUGCCCAGGGCAAUGUGACCGAGGAGUUCUCCACUUUCUUCCAAAAGAUCCGGAACUCUGGAGAGCGUCCCAGUAACGAGCAGAUCAUAAAGUUCUCCAAACUGUUUGAGGACGAGCUGACUCUGGACAACCUGACCCGACCUCAACUGGUGGCUCUCUGCCGACUCCUGGAGCUCCAGUCCAUUGGAACCAAUAACUUCCUGCGUUUUCAGCUCAUCAUGAAGCUGAGGGCCAUCCAUGCUGAUGACAAGCUAAUAGCAGAAGAAGGGAUAGAGAGUAUGAGCGUGACUGAAGUGCAGUCGGCCUGUCGCGUUAGAGGGAUGAGAUCUCUAGGAGUCACAGAGGAACGACUGAGGGAGCAACUCAGCCAGUGGUUGGACCUGCAUCUGAACCAGCAGAUCCCCACGUCUCUGCUGCUGCUGUCCCGAGCCAUGUUCCUCCCUGACACUCUGUCUCCAGCGGAUCAGCUCAAAACUACGCUGCAAACCCUUCCUGAGAUGGUGACCAAAGAGGCCCAGGUGAAGGUGGCUGAAAUUGAGCUCUCCAAAGUGGACAAUAAGACCAAACUAGAGACGAUGCUGCAGGAGGAGGCAGCAAUACGCCAAGACUCCAAGGAUCGGGAGAUGGAGAGGCUGGCUGAUGCUGCAGAGAAGGCUGCUAGGGAGGACGAGUUGGAGCUGGAAGUCAACGGUGCGAAGCACAGCGAUGCAGAGCCUGCGUUGCUACAGGCUACCAGAGCAGCUCAGUCAGAGACUCUGAGGGACACGGCUCCUGUUAUCGAGGGAAGCAAGUAUGAGCACUGGCACACGUUUCUACGUAUUCAGGAUGAGGAGAUAACCAAAGAAGAGAUUGACCUUCUGAGUGACGCCUGCUCUAAGCUGAAGGAGCAGAAGAAGCUGCUGACUCUGGAGAAAGAGGAACUGGAGGAGCUGAAGGAUGACGUCCAGGAGUACAACGAGGAUCUGGAGGAGAUCAAAAAGGAAUUUUCCAAGAACGGUCAGGAGAGGGCCUUGGAAGAAUCGAAGGCCAGCAAGCGUUUGUCUAAGAGAGUCACACGCAUGAUCGGUCGCAUUGAUAAAAUCAUUGUGGAGCUGGAGAAGGACAAAGUCAUGCUGGACGGGCAGGCGGACAGCGGAACCACUGUGCCUGUUGGAUUAUUCUUCACUAAGUAUAGCGAUGCCAUGAGUCUGUUCUACACCUUCAGGGAGAACCUGAUCGGCAUCGACGAGCUCAUCAACGUCAUGCGGCAGAUCCAGAACAUUCCAGAGGAGAAGCUGCAGAGGAUCGCAAAAGCCCUGGACGACAACAAGGACGGAAAGAUCGACAUCGACGACGUCAUCAAAAUGGUGGAACUGAUCGACAAGGAAGACAUCGACAUCUCUACUUCGCAGCUGGCUGACAUCAUGGUCAUGCUGCAUAAGGAAGAGAAGCUGAUCGAGAAGGAGAAGGCCAAAGACAAAGCUGAGAAGGAGCAGGCAGCCAAACUCAACAGCUAACUCAUCUUCCCUCAAAGACACAGAGAGCAUUUGUAAAAAAAAAAAAAAAAAAAAAAAAAAAAACCACAGAUUAGCUUAGUCUGCUACCGGCUCUCAGAAUACUUCGGACAUCAAGUCAGUGGAGAAUUACAAGGUAACAGCUGCCAUGUGGAAAUAACUGCUUAACGAAAAAAAUCAAUAAAAAGGCCUCCUUCCUCUUCAAUGCACAAAAUUAAUUUGAAAGCUAUUAUGUAAAACCUUUUGGAGUGAUUCUAUGUAUUUUGUGGAUACUUGAGUUUAUGUAAUUUUAGCUAAUUUAUUGAUACAGGGAACAGGGUGACAUGGAACCAUGGUUGCUUUACGAACUAAAAGCUUUGAGGAGAAAUUUGAUCAUAUUAGUGGGUGUGAUAUUUAGAGUGUGGGGUGAAACAUCUUGCCUUUCAUUUCAAUCAUGUCAUCUCACACAAAUGACAUCCAUUCUGAACUUGCACAGUAAACAGUAUAUUCAUUAUUGUCA